AAUGAGCGCGUCGGGAGAGUGAUCCUUCUGUAGUCUGUCAAAGCUAAAAGGGAGAGAGAGAGAACGAGGCGGACGCUGGAGAGCCAAGGGGCAUAUAAAGAGCACGCGGAAAGCAAAUCAGACUAAACUCGAAGAAGCAAGCGACAGAGCAAUCAGAAGGGUAGAUAGUUACGCUGAAGUCCGGACCGCCUGUUCAUACUUCAUAAAUACGUUAGUCAUUCUAUAACCCCCCCUCCUUGUGGAAAAGUGGACUAAUCUCUGGGUGUGCUGGUGAAGGCCCCAGUAAAGGAGGGAUCGAGGAUAAGUGUAUAAAAGAAGAGAGAACGUGACGUGGUGACCGAGGAUGAAGAAGAGCAGGAGUGUGUUAGCGGUGACACCAGGCGACGAAACCAAGGAGCCUCCGGGAGUGCCCCUGUUCGGCAGCACCCCGGGGGUGGACCUUCGCCGGGGCCGCAGGCGUCACUCAGGCACGCUAAUGCUGCCCCCGUUGUCGUGGCGACAGGCGGAGAGUGAUCUGGGCCGCACGCCAGAGGAGUGUGCCAUGGCCCGACCCACCAGCUUGCCCUUUCGACCUCCACCACGCAUCGACAUUACCCAUGUCGACCCCAACAGCUUCGAUGUGGAGAAUUCCCCGUCGUGCUGCAGCCCGUCGGACCCCCAGGCAUCCCCGAGCUCCGGCCUGGUCCUGCACUCCAACAUGGGGAGCCACGGGCAGCGCCGCGAGUCCUUCCUCUACCGCUCCGACUCGGACUACGACCUGUCGCCCAAGUCCCGCGAGUUGUCCCGCAACUCCUCGGUCGCUGGAGAACUGCAUGGGGAGGACCUGAUUGUGACUCCUUUUGCUCAGGUUCUUGCCAGUCUUCGCACAGUGAGGAACAACUUCACCACCUUGACCAAUGUACAAUGCACCUCCAAUAAGAGGUCACCGGCCGCCCCACAGUCUCCUGUAACCAGAGUCUGUCUGUCAGACGAGUCGUACCAGAAGCUGGCCAUGGAGACGAUGGAGGAGCUGGACUGGUGUCUUGACCAGCUGGAGACCAUCCAGACCUACCGUUCCGUCAGCGACAUGGCUUCCAACAAGUUCAAGAGGAUGUUGAACCGGGAGCUGACCCACCUGUCAGAGAUGAGUCGCUCCGGCAACCAGGUGUCAGAGUUUAUCUCCAACACCUUCCUUGACAAGCAGAAUGAGUUGGAGUUGCCAUGCCCUAUGGCCAAGACCAGGGAGAGGAAGAAGAGAACCCACCACCAGACCCAGCAGGGGGGUCAGACUCCGAGUCAAGGGACGAUGACCCAGAUCAGUGGGGUCAGGAAGGUCAGCCAAACCCCCGUGCUCCAAGGCUGCAGCGUCAGCCGCUUCGGGGUCAAAACAGACCAGGAGGACCUGCUGUCUAAGGACCUUGAGGACAUCAACAAGUGGGGUCUGAACAUCUUCAGGGUGGCCGAGCACUCCCACAACCGCCCGCUCACAUGCACCAUGUACACCAUCUUCCAGGAGCGAGACUUGAUGAAGACGUUCAAGAUCCCCGCGGACACAUUCGUGACCUUCAUGUUGACCCUGGAAGCGCACUACCACGCCGACGUAGAAUACCACAACAGCCUCCACGCUGCAGACGUGGCCCAGUCCACACACAUCCUGCUCGCCACACCCGCUCUGGACGCCGUCUUCACAGAUCUGGAGAUCUUGGCGGCCCUCUUUGCGGCAGCCAUCCAUGAUGUGGACCAUCCUGGGGUCUCCAACCAGUUCCUCAUUAACACCAACUCCGAGCUGGCCCUGAUGUAUAACGACGAGUCGGUCCUGGAGAACCACCACCUGGCCGUGGGCUUCAAGCUGCUGCAGGAGGACAACUGUGACAUCUUUCAGAACCUGACCAAAAAACAACGCCAGUCUCUCAGGAGAAUGGUCAUAGACAUGGUACUGGCCACUGACAUGUCCAAACACAUGAGCCUGCUGGCUGACCUGAAGACCAUGGUGGAGACCAAGAAGGUGACCAGCUCUGGAGUGCUGCUGCUAGACAACUACACAGACAAGAUACAGGUGAUGCGUAACAUGGUUCAUUGUGCAGACCUGAGCAAUCCGACCAAGUCCCUGGACCUGUACCGCCAGUGGACCGACCGCAUCAUGAACGAGUUCUCCCACCAGGGAGACCGGGAGAGGGAGAGAGGCAUCGAGAUCAGCCCCAUGUGUGAUAAGCAUACGGCUUCUGUGGAGAAGAGCCAGGUGGGCUUCAUAGACUACAUCGUCCACCCUCUGUGGGAGACGUGGGCUGACCUGGUGCACCCUGACGCCCAGGAUAUCCUGGAUACCCUGGAAGACAACAGGAACUGGUACCAGAGCAUGAUCCCCCAGAGCCCCUCUCCCCCCUUCUGCACCGGAGACGGAGAGCUAGAGGGCGGAGAAGAAGGUCACAAGUUCCAGUUUGAGCUGACGCUAGAUGACGGACAGGAUGAGGAUGGACAGAUAGAAAGGGAGGAGGGCGAGAGUGGGACAGAAGGGGGACGUAACAAGCCUUGACCGUGAUCUUUAUAAAAGCACCAGUUUUAGGCUGUGUUUGGCAUCUUGUUUUAUUGCAGUGGAGGAAUCCUGCAAUCUGGCUCUUUGAAGCUGCUCUGCUUGUGCGCGAGGGCCUGACUGACUUAGGGCCCCUGCAGAAGAGGGUGGGGCACCACAACACUUGUUUUGGGAACCCUCCGAAAGCAGAUUAUGAUGAGUUGAAGAGUGUGAUUGCCUUGAAGGAGUGCUGUUGAACUGCUGUGUAGCAGAAGUACCAUAUCUUAGUCCUUAGCCAGAUACUACAAUCUUUGCUCUGACAAAUAAGAUGAAGCUCAUUUACGCUAAGAGACUAUGGUGUUCAAUUGGGACAAGAUGAGAGACACUUGCACUUCAGAAUGAUUGUUGUUCUUCGUGACUGUUUUCGGGUAUAUGUUUUGUUUUGUAAUGGGAUUGGAUGGGAUGUUGCCGGGUAGCGUUCAAAGUUCCAACUAAUGGUCCACAGGUAUUUGUAACACGUGUCUGAAGACUUUUGUGUGCCUUUUUUCAUGACCGUGUCUUUUGUAUGUAAUUUUAUAAUUUAUUUAACCGUUUUAAGUCGUUAUUAUAAAAUGUUUGUUUUCUACACACAACUCAUCUUAGUUGUCUCUCGAAUGAGAGGAAAAUACUUCCGGUCUUCCUUAUGUCUUCUCAGCAAUAGUGUAUUCCCAAUUUGUGCUUUGUGGACUUUCCAAAAUCGUCAGACUUCCCAGCACAAGUUGCACUUGUUCCGCAAGGGUUGAGAGCUAGAAAAGUGUUUAAACUAAAGAAUCGGGUUAUUCUUUCAACACCCAACUCAUAGCACUAGGCGCUCAAUGUUAUGCGUCACGUGUUCGUUAUCUCAGAAAUCUCCAGUCAAUGUUAACAAACGCCACAUAAGUUCGAUAUUCGCAGCAAAGCUGUUGCAAACCUGCUCCUUAUUGUUUUAUGUAUUUGCCGUAAAGCAAUUAUCUCCAUCAUUCAAAUUUUCCCAGUGGGAAAAACCAAUGAAAGUCAAUGUAAACUGUCCUAACCAAUAAGCUCCAAAGAUGACCUGAUAAAAGCACUUUAACAGCCAGAUGGAACUCAGUCCAACAGAGGUGUUGUGCCACAUCUGAUUAGCACUUAAUUAAAUAUCUUAAUAUUCUUUCGCAAAAAAAAUCUAAUUAUUUCUGCGUAUCUCCCUUCCAAGAAUGGAAGUCCAGUAAAUGGGAUCUCCUAAUCUAAUUCAUGCACAGUAUUAAAGACAAUUAAGGCCAAUCAAAUGAACCAUUGAGUGGUUUCUUCCCAAAGAGAAAGAGAAAAAUCCCUCGUCACAUGAUAUUUUGAAGCCCUAGAUUAGCCUUGUGACGGUCAACCAAUGUCAAAAAACAAACCUCCAUACAACAAUAUUUGACAAUCAGCUGAUGUUAUACUUUUGGAUGCCAGGUCCCUCUUGAGGUGACCACCACCAACAACACAUCUCUCUCGAGGUUUGGCAGGAAUCGCAGAGCAACAAACACAAUGAAACUAAACCAAAAACAAAUAGAAUCAACUUGUAGAAAGAUUCUAUUUUAAUUUAAUGUCACCUAAAAGGUCCCCUGUAGGAAGUGGAGAUACUGAAGUGUAAUGUUAAAAAAAAAAAAAAAAAAGAAAUCCAUGAUUUCUGUCCAGCACUUUGACGAGCUGGACAGCUCAGCACCUAGUUGCUCUUCUGUCAACAAUACAUCUAAAUGGUACUGCCAUGGAAGCUUCAACACUCAGCUUCUACAGUGUGGGGAGAUAACAUCACUAGAUGACAAUACUUCCCUUGUUGUGUGCGUGUGUGUGUGUGUGUGUGUGUGUGCGUGCGUGAGUGCGUUUAUGAGGAUAACUUAGCUGCACAAUCUCCUCGUCCAUGCACCUAGUCCUAUGUCGAUCCAUGAACUGUUUGAAACAGUGUAUUUAUGACAUUGAUCUGUAAGUAGAAUCCUAUUCACAAAAAGUAUGUUUGGUAUAAUUUAUAUGCACUACCAUUACCUGUCAAAACAAGUGAAAUAUUUGUUAUAAUGUAUAAUACUCAAGUUUUUGCAGAUUUCCAGAGAACUUUCUUAAACAUCUGUGUUACUUGGCAGAAAACUGAGGUGGUUGGCAGAAACGUAAUUCCUCGGUUUCCAUUGUUUUCCUGUUAUCUGGAGCCAUAUGAAGGCUGCAUUGAACCUAUAUGAUGUAUGGUGACGGGUCAUUGUACAGCUAGCUGUAUGUUUAUUGAAAUAUGACAUUGUUUAAGAUGUACCCAUAUUUCCCAUGUGUUUCUCAGAAGUCUCACACAGUACAUGGUAAGGUAUUGUAUAUUGUGUUCAACACGUAUUUUUUAUGAAAUUAUUAAAAUGAGCAUGAAUUUACUCUA